GCUCUCUUCUUGCCAGUUCUCCAGGAAUGUCACAGAAAUUCACAUCUGUCCUUUGGAUGCACUAUUGAAGUCAUUCUUUUUUAAUGUUUAUUUUAAGCAGGAUUGAAAAUCUGAGAGGGGUUUUGGGCAGAAAAUAAAAUGGAGCUUCGUUUGGGCUUCGUUUGACCGUACUGCACAUGCUCAGAUGCACCAGGCACGGGCAGGACUCGUCGAGGGGCAGGGGAAAGUGCUGCUACACCUGGCAGCAGGGUAUAAAAGUGGCCUCCUCGUUGUCCUUUGCAGCCACUAACAAAGCCUUUGCUAGUGCAGGCAGCCCUCCUUUGUAACGCACGAGAUCUAUGGCGGGAGCUGGCGAAGGUCUGAGGAGCAGUAAGAAGCUGGUGGAGUGUUUCUACGAUGUGGUGUCUCCGUAUUCCUGGCUGGCAUUUGAGGUUCUCUGCCGGUACCGUCCCAUCUGGAACAUUGAGCUGCGUUUGCGACCUGCUUACCUUGGAGGCAUAAUGAAGGGGACUGGUAACCAGCCCCCAGCAAUGUUGCCCAAGAGAGGAGAGUACAUGGCGAAGGACCUUAUGCGGAUGGCAAAAUAUUACCAAGUGCCAGAAAAAAUACCAAAGGAUGUCUUUGAGAUGAUGGUCAAAAAGGGCAGUCUGUCUGCCAUGCGUUUUGUCACAGCAGUGGAUAUGUCACAACCGCAGUUUCUGGAGAUGGUAUCUAGAGAACUUUGGAUGCGUGCUUGGUCCCGGGAUGAAGACAUUACCCAGCCAGAGAGUAUUUUGGCAGCUGCAGAAAGAGCAGGCUUACCUUCAGACACAGCCCAGAAGCUUCUGGAAAUAAGCCGCUCAUCUGAGGUGAAGAAUUGCCUGAAAGCAACAACAGAUGAAGCCCUGAAAUAUGGGGCAUUUGGGAUGCCCUCUAUUGUUGCCCAUGUUGAUGGCGAGCCCCACCUUUUUUUUGGUUCUGAUCGUUUGGAACUGCUGGGACAUGUUUUGGGAGAAAGAUGGUUGGGACCAGUCCCCACAGCUCCGAAGCUCUAGCUAGGUGGAAUCAAAGGCUCCAUGGGACCUCGAAGCAACAAGGCCGUCGGAGAAAGCACCUCUCCAUUUGGCUUCUACAGUAAGAUGUGAACAGCUUUCACUUUCUCUGGAGCAGCAAGGUUUUUGGGAGAAAUCGGGGUGAUCGGACUGCUGAGGGAGGGCCUGAAUAAGUAGCUCCUCUUUCUUUGUCAUUAAAGGACCUAAAGUGCUGCAGGGAACAGCUAAGCCUAUUGCUCCAUGGAGAGAACAAGCAAGAGCUUGCCUAUGUGAUCUGCCAAGCUGCAUUUAGGUGUGAAGAAAGUGGUUUGGGGAGGGGGACAAAUCAUGCAUCUUUCCCCCUCUUGCACAAGAUUAAGGGGGCUAGGAUCUCUGUGCCUUCUGUCUACAUUGGUGCCUUCUCCUUUGGCAUAGGCCAAAAACCAAUAUCUGUAGUGUUCACUCAUGUUCCCCCUCAUAGAAUAAUGAUUUUAUCUCUCACCCAUGAAAUAAAGUUCCAUUUGAUUUUUAA